AGGUUAUGUUAAUUUUGACAUUUGUAAUAACCUUAAGAAACAUGUUGAAAGAAUUUCAACCGGUAAUUUUAGCAGCUGGUAAAGGUUCUAGGAUAACCGAAUUAACGGAAAAUAAACCAAAAUGUUUAUUACCGAUCGGUGGAAAACCUAUGGUUUGGUAUCCUUUGAUUAAACUCGAAAAUUCGGGGUUCUCCGAUGUAAUCCUCCUUGUUUAUGAAAAUCAAAAAGCUGAGAUACAAAAUAACCUGGAAAAAUUAGAACUUACCAUCAAAAUUGAGUAUGUUCCUAUUCCCCCCAACGAAGACUUUGGAACAGCAGAUUCAUUAAGAUUUUUAAAUGAUAAAUUAAACAUCACUGCAGACUUAUUAGUUUUAUCUUGCGAUUUAAUUACGGACACCAGCUUAAUUCGAGUUGUUGAUUUAUAUCGAAGACAUGAAGCCGCUAUUUGCGUCUUAUUAUUUCAACCCCAAGAAUUAGAAAAAGGAUUUUUGGUACCUGGACCUAAAUCAAAAUAUAAACCAGAGAAGGAUAUUUUUGGUUUAGACCCAAAAACGAACAGAAUCAUAUUUUUAGCAUCCGCUAGCGAUUUUGAAACUGAUGUACCAUUAAAACGUGCUUUAUUAUCAAAACAUCGCCAAAUAUUAGCCUACAGCAACCUCGUAGAUUCACACGUUUACAUCAUAAAAAAUUGGAUUUUAAAAUAUUUGAAACAUGAGGAAUCAAUAUCCACCAUAAAAGGCGAAUUACUACCUCAUAUUAUAAAACGACAACUUUAUAAACAAAAAAAAUGUUCUGAUAUGGAUGUUUCUGUUGUUAAUACUCAAGAUGCUAAUGAUAUUUUUCAUUUUUCAAAAGAAAAUGAUAUUUAUCAUUUAAUUAGAAAUAAUGCUACUUAUAACGACCAUUCUGGUGAUUUAAAACCAACUUAUCAUGGUGAUACAAUUAGGUGUUACGCCCAUAUUGCUCCAAAUAACGUUUUUGGAUUACGAGUAAACACUUUGCAAAAUUAUUGGUUAAUAAAUAAAGAAAUUAUUGAUCGUUGGCCAAGAAUAAUUAAUGAUAAACUUGAGUUGAUUAAAAUAGAUCCAAAAGCUGAAAUUAAAUCGAAUCAAGUCGACGAAAAAUGUAUUAUUUGGGAAUCAGCAAAAUUAUCAGAGAAAACAUCAUUUAAAAAUGCUAAUAUUGGAGCGAAUACUGAAGUGUCAAGUUUUUCAAGAGUUUUUAAUUCAAUUGUGAUGAAUAAUGUUACUAUUAAGGAAAAAGUUGCUAUUGAAAAUUGUAUUAUUUGCGAUGGGGCUAUUAUUGAAUCAGGAUCGAAGUUGAAAGGAUGUAUUGUUGGAUAUAAUCAUAAAGUUUUAGAAGGAAGUGAGGUUAUGAAUGAGGUGUUAAUGGAUUCUGAUCGAUUAAUGGAACUGUAAUUGAAAUUUGUGGAAUUUUUUUAUUGGUUCAGAAUCGUCUGCUUUAAAAUCCUUUCCUUGGCGAUUCUUUCUAUAUUGGUUUCUUGGUACAUUAUAAUUACUUAAGAAUUUAGAAAAAUCCAAUUCUUCACAAUGUUAUUUAUAAAAUUAAAAAAAAGUAAAACAUAACCUUAUUUUUUUAUGACAGAUGCUUCACGUUUGUGACUUUUGAGGUUAUUUAGCAAAUAUUUUUAUCUGGACGUCUUAGUUUUAUCCCUUCUUUUUCAUUAAAUUGGUUAAUCGGACCAAAGAAAUAAAAUAAACGGCCAAAAACCUAAUAAGCCGUAACGGCGAAUUUAGAAAAAUCCUAUUCUUCACAAUGUUAUCUUUAUAAAACUAAAAAAGUAAAACAUAACCUCAUUUUUCUAUGACAGGUAUUUGACGUUUGUUUCAUUUGUAUUUUUAAGGUUAUGUUAGCAAAUAUUUUUAACUUUGUGGA